AUGGAGUCCAAAGCCCAUUCUAAAGAAAGCUAUGUGAAGCCUGGACAAAUCUCCUGGAUGGAACAGGACCUUUCUUACUGCUCCCGUAACUUUAAACCAUUAUUUCAAGAACGGGAUAUGAAGAAAGGUUCUAGCAGCUUACCCCAAGUCAAAGAUGGAGUGAUUCAUGUUGGAGUCAUCGGAGCAGGUUUAGCAGGGUUGCGGUGUGCAGAGAUCUUGAUCGAACAUGGCCUCCAAGUUACGCUCUUGGAAGCUCGGAACAGGCUGGGUGGGCGUGUUCACCAAAUGGAUUUGCUUGGUCAUACCGUUGAUAUAGGACCAAGCUGGAUUCAUGGAACCCUCAAUAAUCCUCUCUUGAACGUGGCGAAGAAGACUGGAACAAUCGUUUCUAAGGUGGAAGAUAAUCCAUGCUUCUUCGACCAGAACGGGGAACUGUUGAGCCACGAAAGAGCCAAUGAACUUUCAGAUCUGGUGUGGGACAUAAUCAAGGAGGCCUUCAAGUAUAGCAAUGAGAAUAGCUUGAAUAUCUCACCGGAGAUAAGCUUGAAAGAUUUUUUUAGUGAGCAGGUCGUUGAAAGAGAACUGAGCAAAGCGGAUCAGACCUUGGUAUUACAGAUGGCCGAGAUGUGGGGGGCUUUUAUAGGUGACCCGUUGGAGCGGCAAAGCUUGAAGUACUUCUGGCUUGAAGAAUGCCUUGAUGGAGACAAUCUUUUUGUCGCAAGCAGUCACGCAAAAAUUCUUUAUAGUGUGGCUGACAAGGCAUUGAAAAAUGCGGAAAUUUUGCUUCGCACCAAGAUAGUGAGUAUCGAGAACACCAGCUGUAUAGAAGAAUGUCGAAAAGUUCGCGUAAAGACAGACGAUGAGCAUGCGUUCGAAUUCGAUGAUGUUGUCGUCACAAUCCCUCUUGGAGCCCUAAAGCGUGGAAAUCCGAAAUUUUCCCCUCCUCUCUCUCCGUCGAUUACCCGUGCCAUCCACAACACAUCAUACAGUCGCUUGGAGAAGGUCUAUAUUACUUUCCCCAAAGCUUUCUGGGAACCACUUGCUUUAUCAGAGCCAGAAACAGCACAAAAAUCAACAAAAUGUGCCUCAGCAUUCCAAUCAUUUGCAAAUUUCCUACAUCCAACUUACUCGCUCGAGAAGAACCCCAAAUCAUGGACUGUUGAAUUGAACUCGCUCUCUUCGCCUCAAAUUUUUGGCAGCUACGCUCAACCAACCCUAUUGUUCGGUAUAUAUGGGGCCUGCGCUACCCACAUAACAUCGCUCAUUACACCGCUCUCAUCAGAUUCAUCGGAAUACUUUCAAGUCAUCGACGACUUCUUCCGUCCCUACUAUGUGUUGUUGCCAAACUACAGCCCCAGUGAUCCCAAUUGCCGCCCCAGAGCUGCCUUGGCAACAAAUUGGCAGAAUGAUGAGUUGGCGGGAUAUGGUUCAUACAUGAAUUUCAAAACGACUGAGAAGCCUAAAGAAGGGGAAGCGAACUUCCGGCUAGAUGAUGACAUCAGAGCCUUGAGACAUGGAAUGCCAGAGAGAGGUAUCUGGUUGGCAGGUGAACACACAGCACCAUUUGUUGCGCUUGGUACUUCAACCGGGGCUUACUGGAGUGGUGAGUCGGUGGGAAUAAGGAUCUUACGAGCAUAUGGAAGAAUUUCAGGCUCUUCUGAAAGUGGAAAAGUUGUAAGCAAUGGUGAAGACAGUAAAGAAGCAGGGGAAAGUCAGGAACGAACGAGAAAGAGAAAGAGAGAGAACGAAUCGGGAAAAUGA